AAAUAUCACAUCCCAUUCAUAUGGAUGAAACUCAAAAACCACAAUAAAGAUAGGCCUCCUACAAACCUCGAACUCAAAUUAAAAACUCCCAUAAUGUAACAUCUCCAUCUCAUGGCAUCUCUCCCUUCACAUGCUCUCACUGGCACUCUCCCCAAGCUCGAACCAGACCUCAGAAAGCUCUCCUCAAACUCUCUAUCCAUUGACAAGAGAACUCCAGCAGCACCCAGGGAUGAACCAGAAGAAGCCCACGUCGAAACUUCCUCCUAUGUGCCUCUCCUUCAACAAUGCACCGCGCUCGGGUCGCUUCCGAUGGCUCAAUCCCUCCAUGCCCACAUUCUCAAGACUGGAACCUCUCAGGAUGUAUUCAUUUCAACUUCACUCAUCAAUGCAUAUAUGAAGUGUGGUGCCGACAUCCAUGCACAAAAAUUGUUUGAUGAAAUUCCUGAGAGAAAUGUUGUCACUUGGACCUCUCUGAUCACCGGCUAUGUUCAUAAUUCGAAACCUGAAUCUGGUAUUGAGUUGUUUGUUGAAUUGUUACAAACAGGGUGUUACCCUACUAAUUACACUCUUGGAUCGGUUUUGAGUGCUUGUUCUUCGCUCCGCGAGGUUGAUUUUGGCGAACAAGUCCAUGGGUAUCUAGUGAAGUAUGGGCUUGAGUUGGAUACUAGCAUUGGGAAUUCUUUGUGUAGCUUGUACUCAAAAUGUGGAAGGUUGAAAUUGGCAGUUAAGGCUUUUCAGAGGAUUGAGGAUAAGAAUGUGAUUUCUUGGACGACGAUUGUGUCGGCUUGUGGGGAUAAUGGUAAUGCUGAGUUGGGCUUGAGGAUGUUUGCAGAUAUGCUGGUGGAGAAUGUGCAGCCAAAUGAGUACACUUUGACGAGCGCGAUGAGCCUAUGUUGUGUAGCGCCUGACCUUUGUCUAGGGAAGCAGGUCCAUUCCUUUUGCAUCAAAUUUGGGUGUGAAUCCCAUCUCCCAGUCAGGAACUCAAUCAUGUACUUGUACCUCAAGUGUGGCAAGCUUGAUGAAGCCAUGAUAUUGUUCGAAGGGAUGGAGACUGUCAGCCUCAUCACUUGGAAUGCAAUGAUGGCAGGGCAUGCUCAAAUCAUGGCUCUUGCUAACGACGAUGCUGCUGCUCGUCAGAACGGGCUAGAAGCCCUUAACCUGUUCCUAAAGCUAACUCGAUCCGGCACCAAGCCAGACUUUUUCAGUCUCUCAAGCAUCCUAAGUGUCUGCAGCAGCUUAGUUGCUUUAGAACAAGGGGAGCAGAUACAUGCACAAGCUCUAAAGAGUGGAUAUUUAUCUGAUGUUGUGCUAAGUAGUGCAUUGGUGAACAUGUAUAAUAAAUGUGGGUGUAUUGAAAAUGCAAGCAAGGCCUUUAUCGAGAUGCCAAAUAGGACUUUAAUCUCGUGGACUUCUAUGAUCACGGGCUUUUCUCAGCAUGGACGGUUCAGAGAAGCAAUAGAGCUCUUCGAGGACAUGAGACUAGCUGGAGUUAAACCUAAUCAAGUUACCUUCGUCGGUGUCCUCUCGGCUUGUAGCCAUGCUGGAUUGGUUCAAGAAGCUAAUUAUUACUUCGAAAUGAUGAUUAAUGAGUAUAGGAUUAAGCCCGUGUUGGAUCAUUUUGCUUGUAUAGUCGAUAUGUUUGUGAGAUUGGGUAAGUUAGAGGAUGCAUUUGAGUUCAUAAACAAGAUAGGUUUCGAGCCAAAUGAGAUAAUUUGGUCUAUUUUGGUCGCCGGGUGCAGGAGCCAUGGAAAUUUGGAUUUGGGAUUUUAUGCAGCUGAACAAUUAUUAAAGCUCAGGCCAAAAUCUAUUGAGACCUAUGUUUUGCUAUUGAACAUGUAUAUAUCAGCAGAGAGGUGGCUAGACGUUGCAAAGGUGAGGAAAGUGAUGAAAGAGGAGAACAUUGGAACUUUGAGAGAUCGAAGCUGGGUCACAGUCAAAGAUAAGGUCCAUUUCUUUCGAGCAGAUGAUAGAUCACACUCUCAGAGUAACGAAAUAUACAUACUUUUGGAGAGUUUGAUCGAGAGAGCUAAAGGAUUAGGAUAUGUUCCUUAUAAGAGCAUCGAUAUGUCAUCAGAUGAGGAAGAGAAGGCGUCUGGAUCUGCUCUUCAUCAUAGUGAGAGAGUUGCAGUGGCUUUUGGGCUAUUGAAUUUGCCAGAAGGGGCACCGGUGAGAGUUGUGAAGAACAUCACAAUGUGUAGGGAUUGUCAUAGCUGUGUUAAAUUCUUCUCUUUGCUGACUGGAAGAGAAAUUGUGGUUCGCGACAGUAAGAGGCUCCACAGAUUCAGGGACGGCCAGUGCUCGUGUGGAGAUUUCAGUGCACUUCUAUAACAUCCUUGCUUUCUGAUAACAUAAACUUGAAUUUUGAUCAUUUUGCUUCAAAUCCUAAGAUCAUCAUGUCUUCAUCUUGAAAGCUGUUGAACGUUGACAGGAGCAGAGAGUGAUGCUCAGUUUGACGAUAUAUAGAAGGAAGUGCGAUGACACUGUACUGGUUUGAAACAGAAAUCAAGGAGAUUCUGAAACUGAAGAGUAUCAAAUGCCUACUUGUAACCAAGUUUUGGCUUCAAAAGAGGUAACAUCCUUUGUAGAGGAGAUGUGCUCAAAUAUCAUGUUUAAUUUUCCAAUAGCAAAAAAUUGUUUCAUACAAAUGUUUGCUACUAAAAUUUUAUACAGAAAUACAAAAAUUGCUGAUUUAUCAAUGUAGUUUGUAACUACUUGUGUUUUUCAAAAAUCAAUAAAAUUCUGCUGUCAGUGUCCCAAAUUUUUUACAA